UCUUGCAAAGUGAAGUUGAAUUUAUUUGCAAGUCACACAUUAUUCAUACGACUCUAUGAUUUUAGAGCACGCUAUCGACAGGAGUGUCUUUGGAACGCUCGCCAAUGCAAAAUACUCGUGCAUUUCAUGUAAAACCAAGAUCGACUCGAUCGAGUCAAGCUGUUAUGGCCGCUGAUUGUAUUGUACACAAUCGCUAGAGCAAUUUGAUUUGAAGAGCUCAUUUUGAAUUCCAAUCCCUGCGCACGUUUCCUGAAUACGAAGCUGUGCCAUUGUCGUUCUCACCUCCAGCGCUCACAAAGAGCAGAAACCAGCGAGAAGCAUCAGAGCUACCGGUUUAGAACAUUCACACCUGGUCGAAAAAACCGACUAAAUUUUGUCGUAUAGCAAACUUCACACGGACUGUGUAAGUAUUUGAUUUGAAAGCAAGCGACAGGCGUUGACAAGAUGGGUGAUACCUUACAUCAAGCCUUAACCGGCGAACAAGCCACUGUUCCUUCUUCGCCAACAGAUUCGCGAAGUAGGUUUGUGCUGGAGAGCACAUCGAAGCAGAAUGAUCGAGAAACCUGGGACAACAAAGCUCAAUUUCUUCUUGCAACCAUCGGAUUCGCAGUUGGCCUUGGAAAUAUCUGGCGAUUCCCCGGUUUAUGCUACAGCAACGGCGGAGGUGCAUUCCUACUUCCGUACAUAAUAAUGCUGAUUAUCGAAGGAAUUCCGCUGCUCUACCUCGAGCUCAGCGUCGGUCAAAGAUUAAAAAAAGGAUCUCUAAUCGCUUGGAGCAUGAUAUCCCCCUAUAUGGGUGGGGUCGGUCUUGCCUCCGUGGUGGUUUGCAUCCUCACGGGAAGUUACUAUAGCAUCGUGCUGACGUGGUGUUUGUAUUAUCUAACCUACCCAUUGACCCGUAAAUACACAACCCUAAGUCCGAUAUCCACCAACACGCUGAAGAAGUACAUGGAAGUGGUUGUGAAAUAUGUUGAACGGAAGCUGUGCGAUACAUUGCCUGAUAAAUUUGCUCUCGUUAUCGACGGGUGGACGGAAAAGAGCACUCAUUUUGUUGCUGUUUUCGCCAGCUAUCCUGACGCGAAAGCAACAGAGGGAUAUUCGACGGCUUUACUGGCUUUUAGUCCUAUGGGCGAAGAAACUGGAUUUACCGCUCAAGUUCACAAAGACUUUCUGGAGUGGGUCCUUUCUGUUUAUCGAAAAUCACUGGAAAAUAUCAUUUGCAUUAUCGGAGACAAUUGUUCGAGGAUGCAUUGGAAAGUUAAUUCUUUGAUGGUGAAACUCAAAAGUUUGAAAUUGGCCGGCGAACUGCGGAAGCAUACGAUCUUGACUCCCUGCACUAUGAAUGUGACGCGAUGGAGCUCAACUGCGAAUAUGCUGAACAGAUACUUCGAGCUUAUGCCUCAUCUUUUCAAUUUCGAUGAAAAUUUGGAGUUAUUGGAUCGCAUGCCAACUCCAAGAGAGAAUACUCAAUUACAGGAGCUCAAAAAAGUUCUCUCUGAACUGGACUCGGUUACUAAAGCGUUACAACGAAGCGAUGUGGACUUGGCUGACGUCCGGUGUGUUUUUGACGAAGUGAUUCGACGUCAUCCGGAGACGGCAAGUUACCUCGGACCUGAUGCCAAGAUUAUCCACUCGAUGGAAUUCGAAAAUGGAGCCAGAAAGAUCGUGGAAACGAAAGACAGUUCCUUGACUCCUCUGGAGAGAAAUGCUGUCGAGAGUCUAAAGAUUCUAUGUUUCCCUGACGCGAAAAAAGAUUCUGCUCUUUUUACUCAGUGGGCAGAUACUAUGAAGAAACGAUCACCCCCAACGAGAGCCCUUGAAGUAGAGAAGAUGGGAAAAAUUGCGCGAUCCUUGAUCUGGAUGGAGGCUGCCUCGCAAAUCUUUUAUUCAACUGGAUUGGCAUUUGGCUGCAUCCUCGCCUUCGCCAGUUACAAUCCAUCCAAUCAAAACACGCUAAAGGACGCCAUUACGGUUUCAUUGGUUAAUUCAGGAACGUCACUUUUUGCAUCGUUUGUCGUUUUCUCCAUUUUAGGAUAUAGGGCCACGGUGAACGUACAAAAAUGUGAAGCAGCCAACUUGGCAAGCAAUACCACCACAAGGCCUUGUAAAUUUGAUGAUUACUUAAAAAGGGCCGCAGUGGGUCCUGGACUUGUAUUCAUUGCGUUUUCUGAAGCAAUAAGCACCAUGCCGGCAGCUCCAAUAUGGUCGGUAUUGUUUUUUCUCAUGUGUCUCACUUUGGGAAUAGACACUUUUGGUGGAUUGGAAAGUGUGGCAGCCUCGUUAGCGGAUUUAAAGCGCUUGGAUAAAGUCAGGAUUGAAUUUCUAUCAGGCGGGAUAUGUCUCAUUUGCUUUUUGCUCGGUCUGAGUAUGGUGCUGGAUUCGGGCAGUUAUGUUGUUCAGUUAUUUGAUAAGUUCUCGGCGAACAUGUCUCUCCUUGUGAUCGCCAUUUUUGAAUUCUUAUCAGUGACGUGGCUCUAUGGAUUCAACAGGUUUAGCAAUGACAUUAGAUGUAUGAAUGGUUCGCCUCCUGGAAUUUGGUGGAAAGUGUGUUGGAUGUUUAUAUCACCAAGUAUAAUACUGACCAUACUUAUACUGUCCGUCAAUAAAAUGGCCAGAGAGGAAUUGACGUAUGACGCUUGGACAAGAGAUGGAAAGAUGAUCGAGCCAACUUUUCCACCUUGGGCCAUCGCUCUUGGUAUAACAAUGACAAUGAUACCGAUAGUGAUCAUACCUGUCGUCGCUAUGCUGCAAUGCCUCGGUGUGGCAACAUGGAUAGUACCAAAUACCCCGCUGGCCAUUGAUUCAUCGACAGAAGCUACAGAAACACUGGUAGUGAACUGUGGCUCAAAACAUGUGGAAACAAAUGGAAAACAUCAUGAAGUAAACGGAAACACUCAGCGACAAAGCGAAUCGGGUGAAACUAUUUUUUAGACAUAACUUCGAGACGAGGUCUACUCAUAAAUUGAUAUUUUCUUUGAGAGACUAUUUUUUGGAUCAUCGAAAUAGAUUUGCAACUUGUAAAGCACAUUUAUAUCUUAAUAUUGACACCAGUGGCGUAGAUUGGAAAACCUGCUUCCAUAGCUUUGCUAUGGUAAUUUACAUCACAUAAUCCACAUUGCAAAAAAAACAGAGUUUUUUUUAGCAAAAUGAAUAACGAUGCUCUGAAAUUUAUAUAGCAGGACCUGAACUUACGCCUUGCCACGCUACUAGUUGACAUUGCACAGUAUGAAAAGUGUAAUAAUAAAGGACAACACGAUAAA